UUAAUUUCUUAAAUCUAAUAUAUAUGCAGAAAUAAAUUUACAUAAUAACUUGUCUAUUUAAUGCAAAUUAAUUGAAUACAAGAUUUGCUCAAUAAUUUCUAGUUGCUUCGUUUAAAACUCAAAUUUUGCCUUAUUGUGCAUGAAUGACUAUUGUGUGAACAGCUCGGUAAUUAUUUUAAGAAUAGGAAACCGAGUGAAUAAGGAAGUUGGUGUAUGGUUAAUUAAAAUUCAUGAUAUUGACAUAACUCGCAGCUACAUGAGAUAUUAUGGCAGUUAUUCUAUUUAGAUAUUCACUCGUGAAAAACAAGUCACGUUUAAUAGAUGCUGAUUAGAUUUCAUGCUAAGUGACGCUUGAAGCUGCAUGCAACACCACCUCCAGCUAUAAUCACGACGUUGACCCCGACUACUGCAAAUGUUAUUAAUUAAAUAAUAAGUAUAUAAUCACUACUGUAACAAUAUGUGGUGUAUCAAUUAUGAAUCCGCUAUAUCGGGGAGUAAUAGUCUACGAAAAUGAGGGCAACCUCGCAUACGUGUCCGUAUCUAUGCCGUGCAGUUCAAUUAGCCCUUGGCACAUCACUUGUCAUUUUCACUCUACGGCCACCAUCGCACAUAACUAUGUAACUCUAUUGGACGGGACUUACGGGCAGCAAUGUGGUGAUGAAAUAUUUUACGCGUGACAUAAAGCAGAAACAUCAAGUAGUCAGAUUGCAAUCACUUUCAUGAAAACCUCUUCUAUCAAAAAGCCCAACGUCUCAACCCAUAAAAGAUUCCUGCAAACAGCUAACCGUAUCAUUCAUGGACAUCCAUCAAACACGACACUGAAAUGGGGAUUGAAACUGAACGAUGAGAAAACACCGAACGCAGCAUUAACCAGAAACGGAUACACCGACUCCCCAAAAUGGCAAUCAUCAUAUGAGCUGGGAAGCAGGCACGAGGGACAUGCAGAAAUUAUAGUAAUUAAUUACGACAGAGCCGCUGCAACAGAUGCAAACAGAAUACCAAUGGAUACCAGUGAAUACCAACUACAUCGUCUCGCAUAGCUUCCCAUCGAUUUUUAUAAUGAAUAUUCGAUAGAAAUGUCUGAUACACUGGAUAUCGAAGUAAUAGACAAUGCCUCGCACAGUCAAAGUGAAGAAAGCUUUACAAAGAGCGGCCUAUAAAUAAAAUAAUCCUUUCAGCCACAAUAAACUUACAUAAAAUCAUUAAAGUGUUGUAUGAACUUCAUGUCAUGUUUACAUUACAAUAGUAAAAUUUUUACGUUCAAUGAGAUUAAUUAAAAUUCUAAGUAUUAUAGCUUGCAAAAAAGUUGCAAUUAAAAAUUGUCCUCGU